UCAGAUCUGCAGUGUUUAUGUGCGUCGCUCUCUCUCUCUUUUAUUAGUAAUGCUUUGGUUUUCCAGUGGAGGACGAUGAGUGGAUCUGUGCUCCUCUAGGUGUCUUACGAUGUUUCGUGGUUUGUUUGUGUGCGUAUCUUUAGCAUUGAUUUUAUGGGGAACGAUUGAGAAGGUCCAGGGGAAAGCAUCUAAACUGUGGCUGCAGCCACUCAACGAGACGUUCCUGCAGACUGGUGUGUUUCCCAGCGGGUUUCUGUGGGGUGUUGGGUCUGCGGCAUUCCCGACCGAAGGAUCCUGGGAUGCGGAUGGGAAGGGUGAGUCGGUUUGGGAUCGCUUUACUCAUCAAAGGGAUCCGUCCAGUGAUAGCUACAUCCAAUGGGAGGAGGAUCUGAAGUCAGUUCAGUAUCUAGGUGUGAACUUCUAUGCUUUUUCUUUAUCCUGGACACGGAUUUUCCCGGAUGGGGAUGCCACGGCGAAUCCCAACCCGGCUGGAGUGCAGCAUUACCGCCGUUUGAUCGGGAAGCUGAAGGAGCUUCAUGUAGAGCCGGUCGUGACUCUGUUUCACUGGGAUUUCCCGCAGGUCCUGCAGGAGCGGUUUGGAGGAUGGCUCAACCGGAGCACAGCGGAGGUUUUUGCAGAUUACGCUGCGUUUUGUUUCCGAACUUUUGGUGCCGAAGUCCGCUUCUGGAUUACAAUGCAUAACCCAUAUCUCCUGGCUCUCCAGGGCUAUGGGACCGGCGCUCACGCUCCCGGAGUGACCGGAGACCCCGCUGACCCCUACAUAGCAGCACACAACCUCCUCAGGGCUCAUGCUAAAGCGUGGCAUAUUUACGACAAACUCUUCAGACCCCAUCAGAACGGUAAAGUCUCCAUCUCCCUCGGCUCUUAUUGGGUGGAGCCUCUUCAUGGCCAGGCCACGCCUGCCAACGUGGAGCUCUGUCAAAAGACCAUGGAGUCUGUGAUUGGCUGGUUCGCAGAGCCCAUAUAUGGAAGUGGAGAUUAUCCCGAGUCGCUGAAGGCCUCGCACCGCGGCGUAAUCCCAGAGUUCAGUGUGCAGGAGCGGCUCUGGAUGAAGGGCACUGCAGACUUCUUCUCUCUGGCCUUUGAGCGGGAGACGCUGAAGGUGGGUAAAGGACUGGCCCGGUUCGGGCUGAUGGUGAAUCUGGACCUGAGGAGCGUUCUGGUCUGGGUCCAGCAGACUUACGGUGAUCCGCAGGUGCUGAUAGCAGAGAACGGAUGGUUUUCUGAUGCUUCUGUUGGAGUUGAGGACACUGUGAACAUUUAUACUAUGAAGUCAUUCAUCUUACAAGUAAUGCGAGCCGUUUCUGUAGAUGGAGUGCGUGUGUUCGGAUACACGGCCUGGAGUCUGUUGGAUGGGUAUGAGUGGAAUGAUGGUUACAGAAUACGGAGAGGUUUAUUCUACAUUGACUUUAGUAAAGCUGAGCGCCACAGAGUCCCGAAGACCAGCGCUCACUUCUACAGAAGGCUGGUCAGAGACAACGGAUUCCCAGCCGAAAACACGCCACACAUCGAGGGACGAUUCCCCUGUGACUUCCAGUUCGGUGUGUCCGAGUCAGUAUUACAGGUGCAUCUGCAUCCGUUCUCGCCUCAGUUCACCGAUCCGCAGCUGUACCGCUGGAACCUGUCGGGCGACGGUGCUCUCACACCCGUCACUGGAGUCCUGCUUCACACACGGCCGGCACAGUGCACAGACUUCCUGUUCAUCCAGCGGCACCUCUUCCUGCUGGGGGUCACGGGGUCAUCGCACUACCGUUUCACUCUAGACUGGACACAGCUUGCGCCCGGCGGUGACCCGGCAUCUGUUGACCCAGAGAAGGUUCGGUUCUACAGGUGUUUGUUGAUGGAGCUCACGCGCAGAGGAAUCCAUCCGGUCGUGAUCCUGUAUCAACCCAGCAACCUCUCGUCCUCACUGGGUUUACCUCAACCACUACACGCUAACGGCGGAUGGAGAAACGCUAGCGUUGUGGAAGCAUUUGUCAAUUAUGCUGUGUUUUGCUUUCAUGAAUUUGGAGCCUUGGUGUCGACGUGGAUCACCAUUAAUGAGCCAAACCGGUUAAAUGAUUUGUAUGCCAAGGAACGACAAACAGUGGCACGUCACUUGCUAUUAGCGCACGCAAAGGCGUGGCACAUUUAUGAUGCGCAGUUUAGACAGACACAAGGCGGGGCUGUUAGUUUGGCUCUUCAUGCUGAUUGGGUUGAACCGGCCAAUCCAUUUUUAGAAUCUCACAAAUCCGCCCAGCAACAGUUUUUGGAGUUCGAACUGGAAAUUUUUCUCGACCCUCUGAUUGGUGAAGGGAAUGAGGGGCGUGGCAAUACUCUGAUUGGCUUCUCCGACAACGAAAGGGCGGAGCUUAAAGGGGCACUCGAUUUCAUCGCUCUUAAUCACUUCACGACGUGUUUGGUGUCGCCAUGGAAACACCCGAAGCCACUGAACUUGGAGCAUGGCUGCUCGCGGACAAAGGAUCCCACCUGGCCAAGAUCGCACCUGGGACAGGCACUCGUGCCCUGGGGCCUCCGCAGGAUGCUGGGAUGGGUGAGGAAUCACUAUGGUGAUCGCCUCCCCAUCAUCGUCACGGCAGCAGGGGUGGACGAUCAUGAGGUUCAUGAUGACCAGCUGAGACAGAGCUAUAUCAGGAGCUACCUGCAGGAGGCACUGAAGGCUCGUGAGUUGGACGGCGUCAAUCUGAAAGGGUUUUAUGUCUGGAGGCUUCAGGACCAUCGUCAUGAUAUCAAGUAUGGUCUCUUCAGCUCUGCCGCUCAUCACUCUCGACCCAAAGCGUCUGUCAGCGUGUACCGGGACAUCAUCACUCACCGCGGGUUCCCAUCCACAGCUGACCAGCGACCUUUGACCUGCUGGGACACGGACAACGGGACGAGCUGCGAGCUCUGCACACGGAUCGCGGAGAACAAGCCCCUGCUGUUCUUCAGCGUGUGUGUGUCUAUCAGCAUGUCCAUGCUCGGCGUGCUCAUCUUCAUCUCUGUGUUGAGGAAGAGGAGGAAGAAGAAGAGGAAAAUGCCAACUAAUGUCAGAGUCCAUCAGAGGUUCGCUAUGAUGAGGGUGGCUCACGGAACAGGACUCCUGCGCCAUUAAACAUUCAAAUAAAUGUUUAUUUGUUAGCACUGCAUCAGUGUCUCAUCAAUGGAUGCUCUGCAGUGAAUGGGUGCCGUCAGAAUGAGAGUCCAAACAGCUGAUAAAAACAUCACAAUAAUCCACAGCACUUCAAUCCAUCAGUUAACAUCUGGAGAAGACAAAAGAUGAAACCAACCCCAAAUUAACUCUUUCCCUACCCCAAACAUGAUUUGAAUUGGUAGCUAUUACAAAUCUUCUGAAAGAGUCCAAUCGACUGAUCACAAACACAGGUGAGGAAGACGCAGAAACGAGUGAUCUCUUAUGAAAGCAGAUGCAUAUGAAAAACAAUGCGAUCAUUAACCAUAAAGAGCAUAUAAAUGAAAACUGCCUUAUGUUACCGAGUGAAAUGUGGAUCCCGGAAACAUUAAGGACUGUGAAGCUUUGGGGCGUUGAUGGAAGCAAUCUACUGCAUCUAUGCUCUGAUCAUUAAAAAAUGAAUAUGAUCCAGAUGUAGUCUUUAAUAAAAAUCUGAUUUUCUCAGCUUUUUGAUCAAAAUGUUGCUUUUUUUUUUUUCAAAUAGAACUAACUUACGUUCAA